AUGCCGCACUCUGCCUGCGCAAAAGCUCUGCGACGCCUCAGGCAGCCAAUGGGACGGUCCGGGGGUGGGAACUGGGUGCACUUGCGUCAUGACGCGCUGAGGCGACGUCGGUGUUUGUGUGCGCGAGAGGCCGCCGAUAAAGGUUGGGUGCCUCGCGCCGGGGGCCGUUGGGAGGGAGUACGCCCCCACCCCCCCCUCCCCGGCCCCCACAGCUGCACCGCCGCUGCCGGGGCCCCACCUUCCCGUCGGCCCCCGCGGGAAGGUCCUGGGGCUCCCACCCUCGUUCCCCCGAUUGGGGCCGCAGGUGUGAUGGUCGGCUCACACGCGGACAUGGCACCGGCCUCCACUGCGGAGGGGACCGGGGAGAAGCCAGGCCCUGCGGCCCCAGCGGCUCAGUAUGAGUGCGGGGAGUGCGGCAAGUCAUUCCGGUGGUCGUCCCGGCUCCUGCAUCACCAGCGCACGCACACAGGCGAGCGGCCCUACAAGUGCCCAGACUGCCCCAAGGCCUUCAAGGGCUCCUCGGCCCUGCUCUACCAUCAGCGAGGCCACACGGGCGAGCGGCCCUACCAGUGCCCUGACUGCCCCAAAGCCUUCAAGCGCUCCUCCCUGCUGCAGAUCCACCGCAGCGUGCACACCGGCCUGCGGGCCUUCAUCUGCGGCCAGUGCGGUCUGGCCUUCAAGUGGUCGUCCCACUACCAGUACCACCUAAGACAGCACACAGGCGAGCGGCCCUACCCGUGCCCGGACUGCCCCAAGGCCUUCAAAAACUCGUCCAGCCUGCGGCGCCACCGCCACGUGCACACCGGCGAGCGGCCCUACACCUGCGGCGUCUGCGGCAAGAGCUUCACGCAGAGCACCAACCUGCGGCAGCACCAGCGCGUGCACACCGGCGAGCGGCCCUUCCGCUGCCCGCUGUGCCCCAAGACCUUCACCCACUCCUCCAACCUGCUGCUGCACCAGCGCACCCACGGCGCCGCCCCCACUCCCGCCCCGGGCCCCGCCCCCACCCCGGGCGCCACCCCCGCGGCCCCGCACCCCCAGUCCCAGGAGCCCAUCGGCAGCAAGGUCUUCGUGUGUGACGCCUACCUGCAGCGGCACCUCCAGCCCCACAGCCCGCCCGCGCCCCCCGCCCCGCCGCCCCCGCCCCCACCAGUGGUACCCGAGCUCUUUUUGGCGGCGGCGGAGACCACGGUAGAGCUGGUGUACCGCUGCGAUGGCUGCGAGCAGGGAUUCAGCAGCGAGGAGCUGCUCGUGGAGCACCAGCCGUGUCCCGGACCCGAGGCGGUGCCCCAGCCCCAGGACGCACCCGCCGAGGCGCCCAACGCCGACCCGCCAUCGUCCCCUCUGCCGCAGCCCCCUCCUUCCGCCGCCGCCCCCGCCCCUGGUUUUGCCUGUCUGCCCUGCGGCAAGUCCUUCCGGACGGUGGCCGGGCUCUCCCGCCACCAGCACACCCACGGGGCUGCCGGCGGGCAGGCGUUCCGCUGCGGCAGCUGCGACGGCUCAUUUCCGCAGCUGGCCAGCCUCCUGGCGCAUCAGCAGUGCCACGUGGAAGAGGCGGCGGCCGGGCGCCCGCCCCCGCAGGCUGAGGCCGCCGAGGUCACCUGCCCCCAGGAACCGCUGGCGCCCGCCGCCCCAGCUCCGCUGCCACCCCCGGCCGCCCCGGCUUCUGCAGAGCGGCCCUACAAGUGUGCCGAGUGCGGCAAGGCCUUCAAGGGCUCCUCGGGGCUGCGCUACCACCUGCGGGACCACACCGGCGAGCGGCCUUACCAGUGUGGCGAGUGUGGCAAGGCCUUCAAGCGCUCCUCCCUGCUGGCCAUCCACCAGCGCGUGCACACCGGCCUGCGGGCCUUCACCUGCGGCCAGUGCGGCCAGACCUUCAAAUGGUCGUCCCACUACCAGUACCACCUGCGGCUGCACUCGGGCGAGCGGCCCUACGCCUGCGGGGAAUGCGGCAAGGCCUUCCGCAACACGUCGUGUCUGCGGCGCCACCGCCAUGUGCACACCGGGGAGAGGCCCCACGCCUGUAGCGUCUGUGGCAAGAGCUUCGCACAGACCUCCAACCUGCGGCAGCACCAGCGUGUGCACACCGGCGAGCGGCCCUUCCGCUGCCCGCUGUGCCCUAAGACCUUCACCCACUCCUCCAACCUGCUCCUGCACCAGCGCACGCACUCAGCCGAGCGCCCCUUCACAUGCCCCAUCUGCGGUCGUGGCUUCGUUAUGGCCGCCUAUCUGCAGCGGCACCUGAGGACGCAUGCCCCGGCCAACACCGCUCCCAGCACCACAGCCCCCGCCGCCGGUCCCCAGCCCCCUGCUCCGCUGGCCGCCGUCGCGGCCCCGCCAGCCACCCAGGAUGUCCACGUCCUGCCCCACCUCCAGGCCACGCUCUCCCUCGAGGUGGCGGGGGGCACGGCCCAGGCCCCGACCUUGGGCCCAGCGGCGCCCAACUCUCAGACGUUUCUCCUGGUGCAGACUGCCCAGGGCCUCCAGCUGAUCCCCAGCAGCGUGCAGCCCCCUGCUCCUCCGCCCCCUCCCGCACCACCCAAGCUCAUCCUGCUGCCCUCCUCCAGUGCUGGGGCGGGGGGCGGCCGUGCAAGGCAGGGGCCGCCGGCAGUAGGGAAGGCAGGUCAGGGGGCGGGAGUUGUCUGGCUGCCAGGCCCUGGGGGUCUGGGGGUGCAGGGAGCGGCCAGUGCUGCGGCCAGCGGGGGAGGGCAGAGCCUCAUCGUUCUGCAGAAUGUAGGGGGCGGGGAGGCAGGGCCACAGGAAAUGAGUGGAGUGCAGCUCCAGCCCCUCCGGCCAGCCUCGGAAGUGACCACUGUCCAGCUCCAGCCAGCACAGGAAGUGACCACUGUCCAGCUCCAGCCGACACAGGAAGUGACCACGGUCCAGCUCCAGCCGACACAGGAAGUGACCACGGUCCAGCUCCAGCCCGUGGCCGGCCAGCUCUCCAAUUCCAGUGGAGGAGCUGUGGCUGCUGAGGCGCCCAACCUGCUGGUGGUUCAGAGUGGGGCAGCUGAGGAGUUGCUCACCGGCCCGGGCCCCGGGGAGGCGGGGGAUGCUGAGGCCAGCACCGGUGUGGUCCAGGAUGUCCUCUUUGAGACACUGCAGACGGACGAGGGCUUGCAGAGCGUGCUGGUGCUGAGCGGGGCCGAUGGCGAGCAGACCAGGCUCUGCGUACAGGAGGUAGAAACCCUUGCCCCUGGGCUGACCGAGCCGCCGGCCACCGGCCCGCCUGGGCAGAAACUCCUCAUCAUCCGCAGUGCCCCGGCCACUGAGCUACUGGACAGCAGCAGCGCCGCAGGAGGCGCCGCCACGCUGCAGCUCCUGGCCCCAUCGCCGUCCGGUCCAGCCUCGGCUUCCGCGGCGCUCCCUGCGGCUCCAGCCUCCCAGAUGGUACAAGUGGUCCCUGCGGGAGCUGGGCCCAGUGUCAUGACCCCGCAGGGCUUGCCCUCCAUCCAGAUUGUGCAGACCCUACCCUCAGUCCAGCUAGUGCACACGUUUUGAGGAGAGCCAGUGGUUCUCCCGCCCUACACAGAGACCCCGACUCAUUGCAGGCCGGGGCCGGGGCGGGGCGGGGCGCGGCUGGGCGCUGCAGGCUGGGCUUGCUAAUAAAAGACCCAAGUCUCCCCGUCUGUGUUUUGUUUUCCU